AUGCAGACACCUUACUCAACGUGUGAUGUUUUUCUGGACGCAUUUCCACAACCAAACAACUGGCUUAGAACUGAUCCCAUCGAAGUCCACAGUGGGGUGAAAACAGUCUUUGUUACCAUCCAGUACCGAACAAGAAACUGUUCGUCACUUUUGACCAAAGGAGGGAAUUAUUGCACAAAUUAUUUCCACUUAUACGAACAUCAGUCCUGGCAACCAGCGGAACUCGACCCUCUAACAAACAAUGCUAGUUAUGACAAGAUUGCGAAAACAGCUCCGUCAGCUCUUGGCAUCAGAGUGUCUCAAAAGUUUCGUGUAGAAGUUAAAAGAAAGUACAUCGUUUUGGCAUUUCAUGACCAGGGUUCAUGUAGUGCUCUUUACUCCGUCACUGUUAGUUAUUACGUCUGCCCAAGAUCGACUCAAGUUAGUAGCUUGGUUUCCCUACCACAAACAAUAGCUCCAGCAAACAACUCAAAGUCAGUUGAAGUUGGUUGUGUUACUGAUGCCCUUAACAAGCAAGGCACUCUAAGCCUGGAUUGUCAGAGCGAUGGGGUCUGGAACAUCAGUUCACUUAAUGGAAGUUGUAUAUGCCCGGAGGGGAUGGAAAAUGCAGUAGGAAAAUGCGAAGGUAUACCAGGUUAA